AUGCAAUCCAGUGUUGUGAGUUUAUUCAUUGAUUUUUAUGAUUCUUACUCAUAUAACAUCGUACAUUAUUUGACUAAAAUAAAUAAAGAAAAGCCCAUUGUUAUUAAAGCAGAUGAUAUAUGUUAUGAUGAUUUUAUGAAAGAUUAUUAUGAUAAGAUUGAUAAUAUUGUUAUAUCUCCAGGGUAUGGUAACCCUAUGUUAAAUGAUAAGAAGGAUAAGUUUGUUAUAGAACUAUUAAAGAAUGAAAUAAAUAUUCCAUUAUUAGGUGUGUGUUAUGGUCAUCAAUUAUUAUGUUACUUUUAUGGAAGUAAAAUAGAGAAAGUAAAAAAUAUGUUUCAUGGAAAUACAAAUAUAAUACAUAUAUGUAAAAAUGAGGAGAAUAAAUAUUGUGAAUUAUUUAAUAAUAUAGAAGAUAAUUUUAAGGCUGUAUGUUAUAAUUCUUUAAAAGUAAAUCAUACAGAUAUUAAUAAAAAUAUUUUAAAUAUAACAUGUUAUUCUAAUCAUUUAGAUGAAUAUAUAAUUAUGGGAGUACAACAUAAAUAUUUACCAUAUUAUACUGUACAAUAUCAUCCAGAAUCUGUUGAGAGUGAAUAUAGUGAAAUAUUUUUUGAGAAUUUUAAAAAUAUUACGUUAAAAUAUAAUGAAAAUAAAAAAAGAAAUUCUUUAAAAAUAUUACAACAUGAUAUAAAUAAAACAUCCAUAUCUAUUCCUUUAAAUAUAUCGAGUACAUAUAAAUGGAAAAUAAAAAUUAUUAAAGUUGUAGGUAUAAAAAAUAAUUUAUGUAUGAUUUCGUAUGAUAUUUUUAAAAAUAUUUUUUUUAAAAAACAUAAAGAAAGUAUAUCUUUUUGGCUAGAUAGUAAUAAUGAAAUUUUAUAUCAAAUUAAAAAUAACAAAUCUGAAAAAAAAAUAUCAAAUGAUAAUAUUUCAUUACAAUAUGAUCAUACUGAUUUGAUACAAAAUACCAGAUUUUCAUAUAUGGGUAAUCUAGAUGGGAUAUUAAGUGAUAUUAUUGAAUAUUAUAUAGAUGGAAAAGAUAAUAUAUCUGCAAACACUUUGCUUCUUAAUUUAAGGAAAAGCACAAAGGAAAAAAAUGACAAAUCUGAUAAAUCUAAUAUAGUUGAUACAUAUGAUAUACAUUAUAUCAGUAAGGAAAAUAAUUGCCUUGUUAAAUAUAUGAAUGAAAAUAUUGAAUAUUUCAAAAAACAAAUGAUCAUAGAUUAUCAAUAUAUAGAUAUUCAUAAUUUAAUAAAUAGUAAAAAUGAAGUAGAAGAAAAGGAAAUAGUAUAUACUACCACCCAACAAAUGAAAUCAGAUAAAUAUAAUAGUACAUGUGAAGAACAAGUAAAUAAAAAUAAUAAAAAAAAAAAAAAUUUUAAUAAUCAUCGUCAUAAUUAUAUAUUUCUAAAUGAUACAAUACAAGACAAUGAUUUUAUUAACAAUAAGACAUCUUGUUUAAUGGGCUAUUUUGGAUUUUUCAAUUAUGAAUAUAAAUAUGAAACUAUAAAAAAUUUAUAUAAUACUAAAUGUAAACAAAUAGAACAAGAAGAAAUGUUUCCGGUUUCUGUUUUUGUACGUCCUCAAAAUAUGAUGGCUUUGGAUAUGUAUAAAAAUAAUAUUUAUUUAAUAUCGUUAGAACCAGAAGAAGAAUCUUUUAAGAGAUACUUAACUUAUGGUCACAAAAAAAGUGAAGACAAUAUUUCAUGUUGUGAUAAUAAGGGAAAAAAUAAUGAACAUAAUAAUUUGACAAAUAGUCCAUAUCAAUAUCAUAUAAAAAAUUUUGAUGCCUUUAAGGAUAUACAAAAUUAUAAUAAAGAAUGGACAUAUAAUGUUUUAGAUGUACUUAUAGAUAUAGAAAAGACAUAUGAGCAUGAUAAUAUAUUAAAUGAAGAAAAAUACAAUAUUAAUAAUAUAUAUAAUAAAAAUAAUUUGUUAGAAAAAAAUAAAGAGCAAAGUAGAAUAUCAUUUAAUUCAAUUAUACAAAGAGAACAAUAUAUUGAAAAUGUAAGGAAAUGUAAAAAAUAUAUUGAAGAUGGUUAUUCCUAUGAGUUGUGUUUAACUACACAAUUUAUCUCAAAAAAACUUGUAGAUAUCAACAUCGAAUAUUUAGAUUUAUAUAAUUAUAUUAGAAAUAUAAAUAAAGUUUCAUAUAGUUGUUUUAUUAAUUAUAAAAGAAUUUUAUGUAAAGAACAAAAUGGCAAUAAAGAAAAAAUAUCCUUUUUAUUAAAAGAAAAAGAUAAGAAAAAAAUAAAAAUAGGUGAAAUACAAUUUCAUAUUUUAAGUUUUAGUCCUGAAGAAUUCUUAAGAAAAAAUAAAGAUAACUAUAUGUAUAGUAAACCUAUUAAAGGUACAAGUAAAAGAGGAAAAACAAAAGAAGAAGAUGAUAUACUAAAAAAUAAUUUAUUUAAUAAUAAAAAAGAAAGAGCAGAAAAUCUAAUGAUAUUAGAUCUAACUAUAAAUGAUUUUAAUAGAAUAUGUGAUAUCAAUACUGUACAAGUUUCUAAAUUAUUCCACAUAGAAUCAUAUAAAUUUGUUCAUCAAAUGGUUUCAGAAAUUACAGGGAAAAUAAAAAAAGGGAAUAAUUUCUCUGAUGCUAUAUUGAAUAUAUUCCCUGGAGGAUCCAUGACUGGUUCUCCAAAAUUUAUAUCUAUGUCCAUUUUGCAAGAAAUUGAAAUGGUGCCUAGGGGUAUUUACUCAGGUUGUAUAGGUUUUCUUACAUUUGAAGGAAAUUUUAUUUUUAAUAUAGUUAUAAGGACAAUAAUAAUAAAAAAGGAUAUGAUUUCAAUUGGCGCUGGGGGGGCUAUAACAAUUAAAAGUAAUGAGGAAGAUGAAUAUAAUGAAAUGAUUUUAAAAUUUAUGAGCAUUGCAAAACCGAUAAGUUUGUAUUUAAAGGAAUAUCAUAAUACUGACGUGGAAUAUAUACUUUAA